GAGUGGCUGCAACAAAAAGCACAGAAUAACAUCCCUGACUCCCCGCUCUGCUUUUUUCUCUCUCCCUGCGUCUCAGCUAGCAGACGAGGGCUCCGCUCACAGCUCUGCAGAGGCUAUGCUGAGGCUGAGCCGGCUUCAGAAAGCAGGAUCUCUGGCUGCCAUCAACAAGUUAGGGUUGGAAGACCACAGCCAUGAAAGAGGAACGCUUGAUCUUCAAUUAACCAUCUGAGCUGACAUCAUUGCGGUGGAAGGGAAACAAAAGGGUAAAAAAAAGAAAAAGAAAAAAAGGAGAGGAGGGGGGGGUCUGUUCACCGGAGUCGCUCUGGAUGCAACUGAUCAACUUAAAAAAAAAUAUAUAAAUAUUUAUUUCAAGGAUUCGUGGGAUGAAGGACAAGAUUCAACCCUUUCUUUGAGCUUGGAUUUUAAAAAGGACUCUAAGCAAGAUAACCGGAAUAAACAUCAUCGUGGGACAUGGAAUUUCAUAUUUUGUUUCAAUUGGGUGGGCUAAGAAUUGCUUUAUUUCCAAAGAGGCUGAUUCCUUUUGUGCUUACUCAAAAGGGUUUUUUCCCUUUGGAUUUUUCUUCCAUCUGGUUGCUCCAAGAGUCUGCGGAAAAGGACAGUUGAAUGCAGCCUCCGAUGUGCACAAAAGAAUGGGUUUCCAUUCAAGGUGGCCAUUGGUGGGACCUGCACCAGCGGCUCUGUGUCUGUGUGUGAUCAGCAUGCUCCUAGUGUGCCUGCUGCCUCCUGCAUCGUGCACGACCUGCCCUCAAAAAUGCCGCUGUGAGGACCUGCAGUUCUACUGCGACACACAGGGGCUUCAGGCGCCCCCAGAUGGUGUGGACAAGGGGGCCCUGGGGUUGUCGCUACGCCACAAUAGCAUCACUGAGCUCAGCCCUGAUCAGUUCUAUGGCUUCAGCCAGCUCACCUGGCUACAUCUAGACCACAACCAGAUUACGACAGUACAAGAGGAUGCCUUUCAAGGGCUCUACAAGCUGAAGGACCUCAAUCUGAGCUCCAAUCGUAUCACCAAGUUGCCCAACACAACCUUCAUCCACCUCAUCAACCUCCAGAUACUGGACCUGUCCUUCAAUCAGAUGACUGCGUUGGAACCAGAACUGUUUCAUGGACUGAGGAAGCUCCAGAUACUUCACCUUCGCUCCAAUUUACUUCGCACCACACCUGUUCGGGCAUUCUGGGACUGCCGCAGCCUGGAAUAUCUGGGCCUGAGCAGCAACCGUCUCCGGAGCCUGGCCCGGAAUGGAUUUGCUGGGCUCAUUAAGCUUAAAGAGCUCCACUUGGAGCACAAUCAGCUGACCAAGAUCAACUUGGCCCAUUUCCCUCGCCUUGUGGCCCUCCAGUUUCUUUAUCUGCAGUGGAAUAAAAUCAGUAACUUAACAUGUGGCAUGGAGUGGACCUGGACCACUUUAGAGAAGUUGGACCUCACAGGAAAUGAAAUUCGUGUCCUGACAUCUGAUGUGUUUCAAACGCUGCCAAAUUUAAAGAUUUUGCUGCUGGAUAACAACAAACUGAGCAGCCUGGAUCCCCAAGUCAUGGAUAUGUGGCAGUCUCUGGGCACCAUUGGGCUGUCCAGUAACUAUUGGGAAUGUACCAAAAGGAUUUGCUCUCUGGCCACUUGGCUAAGCACCUUUAAGGGAAGGUGGGAACAUUCCAUUCUCUGCCACAAUCCUGAAUACGCCCAAGGCGAGGAGAUACUCGAUGCCGUUUAUGGAUUCCAGCUUUGCCAGAAUUUUUCAGCGCCGGUUGUUCAGACCAUUAGUACAACCACAGACGCUACCAUUACUGCAGAGAUCACAAGCUCGUUGUUUGGAAUUAUGCAGCCGACCCCUACGCAGGACUAUGCAGAGGAUUUUGGGAGCUUUACCACAGUCACUACCACAACAACCACAACAACACCACGUACUGCUCAAGCAACUACCGCAACAUUUGAAGAGGCAGCUGUAACAGAGGACUUCUCUGCAAUGGACAACACUGUAAUGACUCAUAGGGUUAUCAUUGGAACUAUGGCCCUUCUAUUUUCAUUCUUUUUCAUCAUUUUCGUUGUGUAUAUUUCACGGAAGUGCUGCCCUCCCACCCUGCGCCGGAUACGCCACUGUUCGGCAAUUCAGAACCGCAGACAGAUGAGGACCCAGCAGCGGCAGCCUAUGGCAGACCUAGCUACACAGGUACCCUAUAAUGAGUAUGAGCCCAGCCAUGAAGAAGGGGCACUCGUGAUCAUAAACGGCUAUGGGCAGUGCAAGUGUCAGCAACUGCCUUACAAAGAGUGUGAAGUAUGAACUCUUAUUUAUUCCUAGAGCAUAUGGUUUGCCAUUUGACCAUUUCAGAUGAUACAGGGUUUGCUUUUUUUAUUUCUUUUUUCCAGUUUAUGUAAAAAGCAUAAUUUCUACAAGUGAGAUUUGAGAAUACGUGAGAAAUGUUGAAUGCUACAAUGACAGAGGUUGAACCUGACAGUUUAGGGACGAUGUAGAGAUAGUCACAAAUUUAUUUUUCUAUGAAUGCAAGGUUGUUCAUAUCAGGCAGGGGCAAUCAUUUUAAACAAGAAAAUUGUAAACUGUGAGAUUUGUCUCCACAUUGUCUCUAUAUUCUGCAGUACAGAGAAAAUACUUAGCCAAAUGGCCCUCUGCUAACAGAAUACAUUAAGUGGAGAAAUGUGAUUUAUGUCUUAUUUCUUUUAAAAAGUAAAUAUUUGAAAUCAUGUUUCUAACUGCACCAUGGGCACUGUAAGCCAAUCACUCAAUCACUGGGGCAAAUUAAUUGGAUCAAAUAUCAGAAUGUUUUUGUUUUACAGUUUAAUUGUUUUAAAGGAACUAUCAUACAUUAAAAGCCACUAAGACCAAACUCAAAUACUGAAUUAUAACCGAAAUAUGUCAUUAUUGUUAUGUCACAAAUAAAAAUAAAUCCUCUUGAGGAGAAAAUAACCCUGAAAUUAUAUUCAGUAUACACAAAUGUUAUUACAUUUACCAAAUCAGACAUGAGUCAAUUAGCCAAUUCUAUAAUCUUCCAUCAGAUCAAAGGCCUCUCAGUGUUUCCUGUUUACAGAAUUUAUGUGGGCAGCCCCCCCCCCCCCAAAAAAAACAGCAUUUCUUAGCCAAAAGGGAAUUUGUUUGUUUAAAUUUGGAUUUUUUCCAAAAUUUCUUCUGUGUGAAAAUGCAACAACAAGUGUGUACUGAUUGAAAAGACUGCCGGUAAAAUGGUGAAUUUAUGUUCAAUUAUAUACAUAUAUUGGAAACAUGACCUCUUUAAUCAAACGUUGGCUCAUCAAUGCAAUGCUGUUUUGCAGCUUGUUGGAUGUUGGAGCUCCCGCCCACGAGGGCCAAUUACCACAAAUAAAUUCUCAACCUGUGGGAAACACUAAGCAUCGUUCAUCUGUGGUUAAUCUACAAUAUACUGCACUGCUUAGCAUAAACACAUGGAUGUCUUCGUCAUCUUGGACAUCAAGAACAAAAUUAUUAAACCUUUAAAUGUACAACGACCUGUACACGGAUUCUCUAGCCCCCAAACGCCAUGCACACUGUGACCAUAAUAUUUCCAACAGCUUAACCUAGUAAGUACAGUUUGCUGAUUUGCUAUUAUAGGAUCAAUAUACAGACGAGCUAGUGUGAGGUGUGAGGGUAGCAAGUGAAAGGGUAAUGACCAGUGCAAAUGCCAGAUAGGAGAACAUUUCAUUCUGAAAAUAAAACUGUUCCCCAGUAGCCCCGGCUCUUUACUGCUUACACACUAAUCAGGACUGACAGGCUCAAGAUUGAACCAAUUAAGGCAAGGCAAAAAUAAUCUAAUAUUCUGUCACCCACACCAGUGAUCCAGCAACAUUGAGCUUGUUCAGCCUCUCAAAAAUAGUUCCAGUAGAAUCACCCUCCGUACCACAUAAAAACAUCACUGAACCUUUUACUUUAAGACAUUGUUCUUGUUAGGGAUACCGGGUUGUCAUUUACAGUAUUAAAAAUGGGAUUGCAGUGAAUAAUACAUAUUAUAACAGUUCCUUGGUUAGCAGUCACAAGUGUCAAGUUAAACUGCGGUCAAUAGCCUGAAAGCAAAUGGAGAUCCAGUGAUAAGCAAACAGCCAGCCUGGGUCAGGACACAUUUGUAUGCAGCAGGGAGAGGAUGUGCAUUAGCAUCAGACUAAAGCUGCUGCCGCAGCUCCGCACUUCUUUGUGUUCAGUUUGGUGGUGGGGGCAGGGUGAAAGAGAGAGGGAUUGAGAGGAAUUGAUGGGACGAUGGAGAGGGGAAAACGAUGGGAUAAUGUCUUGGUUUCUUAAAACCAACCAACCAAUCUUUCUGGCCAAGUAAAGGUAGUGGAGAAUGAAAUGAUAAAUAUUGACUGACAGCACCUUGGGCAUGAAAUGCACACUGAUCACACGGCAGCAACUAUUCCAUUACAAGUAAACUGAUGAGCCAUCCGAUGCUUGACCAGUACAA